UUCAAUUUAGUUAUGGAGGGAGAUGAAGCAAGAGAUUUGUUUGGAGCACAGUCCCAUUUGUACAAGCAUGUAUUCAGCUUCAUAACUUCUAUGUCACUCAAGUGUGUAGUGCAGCUCGGCAUACCGGACAUAAUUGACCGCCACGGACAACCCAUUACUCUACCUGACUUGGUCACAGCACUUCAGAUCCACCCGGCUAAAACCGGUAACGUGCACCGGCUCAUGCGCCUCAUGGUGCACUCCGGCUUCUUUGCACGAAAACAAGUUCCUAAAAAUCAUGUAGAAGCAGAUGAAGGAGAAGAAGAGGCGUAUGAUCUCACACCGUCUUCUACGCUCCUCCUGAAAGACAAAGUACCCAGCUUGUCUUCGUUCGUUCUGGGGAUGCUCGAUCCAGCUUCCGCAGCACCGUGGCAGUUCCUCGGAAACUGGUUCCGAGGAACCGAGGUCACGCCUUUCGAGAGCGCUCAUGGGAUGGGGUUUUGGGAAUACGCGGAAGGAAACCCCGAAUUCAACAGUCUUUUCAAUAAGGCAAUGGCUAGUGAUUCUGGAAUGAUGAACUUGGUGAUUAGAGAUUGCAAGCCAAUCUUUGAUGGGUUGAGUUCAUUGGUUGAUGUUGGUGGUGGGACUGGAAAAGUUGCUAGGAUUCUCUGUGACGCUUUCCCUCAACUGAAAUGCACAGUUCUUGAACUUCCACACGUUGUCGCUGAUUUGCCAGACUGUGAAAAUUUGAAGUUUGUUCGAGGAGACAUGUUCCAGGGUAUCCCUCCAGCGGAUGCUGUUUUCCUCAAGCUGAUUUUGCAUGAUCUGAGCGAUGAGGAAUGCUUGAAGGUUUUGAAGAAAUGCAGGGAGGCAAUUGCAAGCAAUGGCCAAGGGAAAGUUAUAAUCAUAGACAUAGUGAUGAACGAAGAGAAAGAUGAGCAUGAAAUAACCGAAGCAAAGCUCUUGUUUGAUCUGCUGAUGAUGGUUGUGAUCACUGGAAGAGAGAGGAGCGAGAAAGACUGGAAAAAGCUCUUCCUGGAGGCUGGUUUCAGCAGCUAUAAGGUGACACCAAUAUUUGGUUUGAGAUCCCUCAUUGAAGUUUUUCUUUAGAAAGUUAGAAGCAACCAUGUAAUAUAUAUGAUUUAUGUGGAUGCUGAUUGCUGAAUAAGUACUGUCAAAAUGCAUACCAUAUGAUUAUGGACCAGUUUGGGAUUGAUGUGCUUUUUUGUUAAAGCUGCUUAUGCUAUAUUUUAAGAAUAAUUAGCUGCAAAAUAAAGUUGUUGAGCAUUUGAUAAACUGUAUUCAUAAAAGUGUUGUGAGUAUGAAAACAGUGUAAAAGUGUUUGAUCAAUUUUAAUGUAAAAUUGAUAUAAAA